AGCUGAGGUAGCAUAUAUGAGUAUCAUCAUCUCAUCGAAGAUUAAUUAUACACAAUUAUAUAUCUAGAGAGAGAGAGGAGAGAGAGCAAAUUAAUUAAUUAAUUUAAAUUAAUAAAAAAAUUAAAGUGAAUUAUUAAUUAAGAUGGGGCUAAUGGGGAGAUUAGUUGCAGCGAUAGAGUUCAAGGCAGGGGGAGAUGUGUUCCACGAGCUGUUCAGGGACAAGCCACAGCACAUCGCCGCCGCCAGCCCGGCCCGAGUCUACGGCUGCGAUCUCCACGCCGGAGAGUUCGGCAAAGUCGGAACCAACAUUUGCUGGAAAUACUUCCAUGACGGAAAAGAUAGGAUUGCAAAACAAGUAAUUCAAAAGAUCGACGAGGAGAAGAAGUUGAUGGAAUUCAAGAUGCUCGAAGGGGAUUUGAUGGAGAAAUACAAGAACUUCCUCAUAACUAUCCACGUCGAGACCAAGGGGAAUAUAGAACUAGUCACUUGGACAUUAGAGUACGAGCUUCUCAACGAAGAUGUUGAGCACCCGAUAUCCUUGUUGGCUUUCUUUAUCGAGCUCACAAAAGAUAUCGAGAGCCAUCAUCUCAAACCCUGAACCUCGUGCUCGUGCUCGUGCUCUUGCUCGUCGUAUAUUGUGGAUGAUGUUUGGUGUGUGAGAUGUAUUGCAUAUGAAUAAGUUCUUGAUGUUGUAAUAAAUCGUGUGUUUCUUACAUUUGCUCUAAUGUUUUGUUGAAAGAUUGGCUACAAUGGUGCUUUGUAGUGUGAAAUUUGAAGAAAUAAAGGCUUAGUUUAAUUUACA